AUGAGCGUCUUGUUCGGAAUGCUGGUGCUUGCAUCACUUAUAUUUUGUCUUGAUGCUGAACGCAUGCCAAAUGGUCCCAAUAAGAAAGGUUCAAGCAGGCGUGAAACGAAGAUUACGAUAGCCUACCUAUUGGAUGGGAACUCAUUUUCAACAGAAGCAGCAGCACGGAAUUCCACAGCUGGACAUUGGUUGAAUAGUGUCCAAGAAAAGGCGCAACAGAAGAUAAACAAAGAGCUUCAAGUGAAUAUAAAAUUUGACAUUACGAAUAUUAAUAUAACUGAUAGCGACCUGACGCAAAAACUUAUACAUUGGUGUAGCAACAAACUAAUAAAUGCUAGCGCGUAUCUGGAUUAUCUGAAGCAGUCUUAUCAAAACAAAGUGAGCCCCGAUAUGAUUUGUGUUCUUACAAACUACACAAUGUAUGACGAAGAUUUGGAUAGUUAUUUAGCGUAUAUAAAACACAAAACCUUAUGCGAAAGUAUGGUGCCAUUUCUCCUAACAUACAUUCCGAACAAAGUUAAUAACACCGGAGAGUUUUUGAGUGAACUUAUUAAAAAAAGCAUUACGUCGAAGAAAGUUAAAUUGGAGCAGAGUGACUUUAGGUAA